UGUAGGCAGCUCCUCACAACAUGUGUGCACACGGAGCCACUAUACUCAGACUGAGAAGGACAGAGAGAUACAGAGGGAGGUGCAGAGCACUCGGGAUUGUUUGUUAAAAUCCCAUUAAUUACAUCGUUAACCUGAUUGGGUAGACAGAGGGGGCAGAGAGAGUGCGAGAGAGCGGUAUCCCAAUAGGCAAAUCCUCUUCAUAUUAACCCGCCUCGAGAUAAUGAUGUAAAAGACUCCCCCGUUUUUGCGCGUGAUGCUGAUCGCCGUGGAGAUCUGCUGAAGGUGAAUCAGAGCGAAUAAGCAGCGUGAGCGCAGAGAGGGAGAGAGAGCCGAUGCGUCUCCACAUCUCAGUUGACAAGUCGAGCAAUAAUAAGGCAUCAAGACCAACUCACUCUCUCUGACAGCGCACAAAGCAAGAAACGUAUACAAUAGCCGUCGCCUGGAGAAAGUCUCCAGAAACUGCCACCCACUAAAGCAGAGUCUGGAGGAGAGGAAGUGCUAUGGACAGGAGAAUGAACUUGAACGGACCGGGAGAUAUUUUCCACAAAACACUCAGUGCUGUCUCCAACAGAAAGAUGGACUCCUUCAGGUCAGCGGCUGGUGUUGACCUGCCGGGGUCCAGGGACCGCCAGUCACCGAUCAGCUGUUUCGACCAGACCGACUCAGACCCGAUUCAACCCGGUGGACUGGCUGGUGGUCGAGGGGGACCGCUGGGUCUGCCGACCGGAUCUUUGUGCGUCAAGUUCGGCGAGAGCAGCAACAGGACCUCGGCGGCCGAGAGCAGUGGCGGGGAGCAGAGCCAGGACGAUGACAGCGACGGCAGAUGUGAGAUGGUCCUCCUGGCCGAUGGGAGAACGGUGGCCGCCGGUAAACCAGAGGGAGGUAAGAAAAACAAAGAGCAGAAAACACUCAGACUAAACAUCAACGCGCGGGAGAGACGAAGGAUGCACGACCUGAACGACGCGCUGGACGAGCUGCGCUCUGUCAUCCCGUACGCGCACAGCCCCUCAGUGCGGAAACUCUCCAAAAUCGCCACUUUGCUACUCGCCAAAAACUACAUCCUCAUGCAGGCGCAGGCUCUGGAAGAGAUGAGGAGGCUGGUGGCCUAUCUGAACCAGGGUCAGGCCAUCUCAGCGGCGUCCAUACCCGCCACAACGGCCCUUGCUGCUCCAGGUCUACCGGGUCUGAGCGCGGGGAUAAGUGCAUACGACCAGCCGCCUGUGUACCCCUUCACCACCGGAUUGGCCGGGUCUUCCUGCCCCGACAAAUGUGUCCUUUUCAACAACGUCACCUCGAGCCUGUUUAAACAAUGCACUGACAAGCCUUAACAGCAUCACAACAACGAGCCGGUAUCAGAGACUCAGAGAAGCACAUGCAAGAGAAAAACAACACCACUUUUUAAAACACACGGCGACUUUGGAAAGGUUGCAAGUCAGUGUAGACCAUGAAGUAAAGCUGAUGAUCAGUAGGCCUACUUUUAUAACAUUUACAAAUGCAUUCAAAGAAGCGCUUUUUGUUCAGACAAUACUUGAUUGUGUAUAUAAAGCAUAAUUUAAGUGCUGGUAUGAAUGAAAGUGAAAAACCAAACAGAAGUUUAGGAGCGCAAGUGGUGCUGGAUUGACAAUUGUUAAUUACUUGCUCAAAUAUGGACCCUGUAUGGAGUGUUGACCUGACAACAUGCAACCAUUUCACUUGAAUAGAUGGAACAUUAGUUAAUAUAAGAAACUACAAACUUGCUGCUUUAUUGACUUGAUUUAUAACUUAUGAAGGCGUUUGCUUAUUGGUCGUUAUUUGGUGAACUUUUGAGAAUUCACUGAGCAUCCCAUAGGCAUGUCCUGAGGGAAAGCAAAGUGAACUGAGUUGAAUACGAAAUAUUUGUUUUCAUCUCUCACCCCAAAGUAUAUUGUCAUUUAAAUACUUUUUUUUAUGAAACACUUGUGCUACAUUGACAGUUUAUUUGGCACUGUAAUAUAAUGGCAUUUGAGUCUCCAAUGGCCUGUAUCUUCAGUUUAGGUCCUUUUCGAUUUUUUCCUUUUAUUUAUUGAUUUGAAACAUUUUAUUUGCAUGGUGGUACACUGUAUACUGCAUAGCGACGUGUCUGAUUUGCGUCAUUUCUUAUACACUCAUGCAAUAAGGCCGAGGUCUUGAGGGAUCCGGCGCGCUGUCAGGUCAAGCAGUGCGUUAUUGUAGAUACAUUAGUUACUGUACUAUAUGAAUAAAGAGGGCCAUUUGUAUGUGUUUAUGUGUUGGAAAGCUUUAUUAAAAUAUUUUGAACAUAACGAA